UAAUGAGUUUGUGGUAAUGGCCAAGGUUUUGUGUAUUCAUCGGUUCUGAUCCUCGGGAAUUCUGCAAUACGCUUUCACGCCACAUUUCACUCAAUGUACGUCCUUCCGGGAAACGAAUCCUUCGAUGCGAUCAGGAUCCGACGGGGAAUCCCGCCCGCGUGUCAGUUCCACAGUUUCGCACGACGUCGUCCACCAUAGUCCAACCCUCAAGGGUCUUCGCAGGCAUUGCAGACGAAAACACAGCGAUAAAAAAAAAGGUCGGAAGGCGCCUCUGUUGUUUCCUCGUGUCUCCCUUGCUUCGAACCUUGUCGAAUGUCCUUGUGUCGGAUCUUGGCGACCCCCCUGCAACUGCCGCGUUGCGCUCGCUGUUGCUCCAGCCACCAACUACACGCCUGGGCCGGCACACGAGAGGUUAAAGAGAAGGAUGUCCCCUCAGAGGCCGACACGGUCAUCAUCGGCGGGGGAGUUUUGGGUACCUCAAUUGCGUAUCAUCUCGCCAAGGCGGGUCGCAAGGGCGUCGUGCUGCUGGAGAAGAGCGAAUUGACCGCCGGGUCGACAUGGCACGCGGCCGGCCUCACCGCGCUCUAUCAUCCGGGCAUCAACCUCAAAAAUGUCCAUUACCACAGCCAGUUGGAGGCGGAGACGGGCCAAGCGGUGGGAUUCCACCGACCCGGCAGCAUCCGCCUCGCCACCUCGCCCGUGCGGAUGGAGGAGAUGAAGCAAGUGGAUCGCUUAAUGUCUGGGUGGCGGUGGAUGACUUAA